AUGACGGUGCGCAGCCCAGUCAAACUUUCACAAUGCAAUGGCUUAACACCACUGGAACCACACCUGGCUCAGGUCAACUUGGCGACCGGCUAUGAGGGCUGGAGUCCCGAGGAGACUUGUUACACACCCAGGCCUGGCGUUGGAGGGCGCUACACUCCAGCUCUUCACUUGGAGAGAGUCUACUCCACCAAGGCGACGUGGACCCUGAGGGUAGUAUUGCCACCGCUGUGGGGACAGUGCUUGAUUCUGCUGGCUGGGCACCUACUGGCACGGAACUGUGUCAGUAACAGUGAUUCGAAGCAUGGACAAAGCUGCUGUGCUGACUCAAAUGCUGCGGACAAAGGAGACAUCUGCAUUACUUGGUGGAGAGAGUCCUAUCACUGUAUAGUAAUUAGGGGCAAUAAGUACAUACCACUACUCGCCGGGGCAGUCCAGGGUGACAACACUGUUGAUUGUGCCGUGGAGGCUGCUCUGCUCGAUGAGAUCAGAAGCGUCGUACUCAUCGGGCCAGAAGGAUCAGGUAAAAGCACCGCCUUGCAAAAGCUUGCUGUGGACUGGGCCCAAGACAAGCGUCUUCAAAGUUUUUCAUUUGUUUUCCACUUCAACUUGAGAGAGUUCAAUUCCUUUGAAGGUACACUUUCUCUAAAGGCUCUGUUGCAAAGCAGUCACCCUUCAUUCACUGCUGGUUCUGCGGCCGUGGUACCAAAGAGGUCUGAGGAGGUUUUGUUUGUACUUGACAGUCUUGAUCAGUACAGGCACAGUCUAGAUCCCUCCAUCCAUGCCCUUUGCUCUGACCCAAACCAGGAGGCCUCUGUCUCCUGUUUGGUGGCCAGCCUGCUUCACAGGUCCAUGCUCAGAGGAGCUGCCUUCAUUGUGGCCACCAGGCCAACAGGCAACUUUGAAUAUCUGAGUGGUACUCGCAUAGAAGUGCUGGGUUUUUCAAAACCACAGAGAGAGAUCUACUUUAAAAAUUUCUUUAAGGAUGCCAAUGCUGACAAAGCCUUACUCCACAUGGAAAGGACAUUAGAAUUUUACGACUUCUGUUCUUCUCCAAGGUUUUGUUGGACAGUUUGUUCAAUUUACCAGCUCCUCCUGGAUUCGGGUGCUAAACUUCCAGAGACUUUAUCUCAGAUGUUUGUAGACAUUCUGGUCCACCUGAUGAAGACGCUGUGUUUGAAUGAAGCCAGCGUCAGAGCGCUUGUGUUGGCCCUCGGCAGGAUGGCCUCCCUUUGCUUGCUUGACCAACACUCAAACACCAAGGAGUCAAUAAAAUCCAUUGGCUGUCCACAGCUUCUUACUUCAGUUGAUGCUUUCCUGAUCGUAGACGGGGACCUGGGGUCGGAUAAAUGCACCUUCUCCUUCCAAUCCCAACUGAUGCAGGAGUUCCUCUUGGCUUUAGCCUUCUUCUUGAGCGAGUCAACAGAUGAAGGUGUAGAACAUUUGCUGAAAAAACACCAAAAGAGGGCAAAGUUUCUAGAUUUCUUCUUGUCUGGGCUCUCAGAGGAAGUCCAAUGUAGACCACUGGAGACCCUGCUGGGAAAAGCAAACCCUGAUCAGAUCAAGGAUUUCAGGUACUGGUUGAAAAGCAGCUCAACAGAGGCACUGAGGGGAUAUGAGAAAGCCAAACAUUAUAGAUGUUUUCAUCUGCUACACCAAGUACAGAAUGAAGCUUUGGUUAAGGAAAUCAUCACCCCUUCAGCACAAGACGUUGUUUACCAUGAAAACCUGAGUCUCUUGGACGGCGUGGCUCUGAACUACGUUGCCAUGUCUCUCCAUACAAUACCGACUUUCAGUUUGUCCAGCACAAACAUUUUCACAAAGAUGGCAAAAGUCCUGGCUCCAACCAUGAGUCUCUCACACAUUCUGACCUUUUCACACUGCACCUUUAGCACAGGAGCCAUCCUUCACUUGGCCUCAGCUCUCAGCAGUGGAGUCGUCAGCGAGCUGAGUCUGUCCAAUUCCCACUUCAGUGAUGAAAUGCUUAACAUUCUUAGCACAUCACUCCAAAACAGCAAGCUCCAGAAGCUCAGCCUUCAUGCCUGCAACCUGACAGAAGGCUGCUGUGAAGACCUGGUUUCUCUGCUGACCUAUCAGACCUCUCAGCUGUGCACGCUGGUGAUCAGGUAUAAUCAGAUCGGAGAUGAUGGCCUCAGAAAACUGUGCAAAGCACUAUACUGUCCUCGCUGCAGACUACAAGAGAUUGACAUGGAGAUGUGCAACUUGACUGCCGCAUCCAUGGAGGCUUUUGCAGAAGCUCUAUGCUCCGGUCAAUCCCAGCUGAGAAAACUGAACCUCACAAACAACAAGAUUGGAGACAGUGGAGUGAAAGCUUUGUCUAAAUCUCUGCAGCACUCGCUUUGUAAGAUGCACAGCCUCAUACUGUUUGAUAAUGAGCUAACAGGCACAUGCUGCUCUUACUUGAAAGAAGCCCUGGAGUCAGAGCACUUCUCGCUGUUGGAGCUGGAUCUGUCGGUGAAUGAUUUGGGCCAGGAGGGGGCGCUGCUACUCUGCCAAGGCUUACACCAACCCGGAUGCCCGAUUGAAAAACUCUUUCUGAAACGAUGCGGGUUAUCUCAGUCCGUCCUCAAGGAGCUAGCGUCACUCCUAAUAAACGGGACGCUUAGAUCCCUGAGUGUGGGUAUCAAUGACGUGGGAGACCAAGGGGCCAAAUAUCUUUGGGAGGCUGUUGCGCACCCAAAUUGCUUGUUGGAGGAGCUGGAUGUUGAAAUGACUGGUUUGACGGAUGCCUGCGUCGUUGACCUGUGUGCUGCUAUAAGAGCCACCAAGACUCUGAAGAGCCUGGAGAUGAGAAACAACUCCCUGACGGAUGUCUCUGUGCCGGCGCUCGUUCAAGUCAUGCAGGACAGCGACGUCAUGCAGGACUUAAACUUGAGGUACAAUGACUUCAGUGAGGAUGUUCUAGGCAUGGUAGCCAAUGGAAAAAUCCAAUACUGAAGGAGGCCAACACCUAUUUGCCUCAGGAGGUGUGGUGGUGAACAGGGGUUCCAUAAUAUUUUUUAUGAUCUUUUUAUUAUGCAUUUAAUGGAUUCUAUACGCAUGUAUAUUGUAUUGCAGAAAUAUGCUUGAUUCCUGCACUCAGUAGCAGAUAAUGUGCCGAGGUCACCAGUAGGCCUGUUUUUGACUUGUGGUCUCUGUUUUCUCUCUGUACUGGAGUGCUUAUGGAGCCACGACACCUGCAAUAAAGACUAGACAAAAACACAUCA